CACUGUUAAUCAGGACACUUUACAGACAUGGAAAAUUCCAGAAAGCUGAAAGACUCUUGUUCUGCGGGUAGGGCAUGUGGAAGCAGAGUGCAGUUAUCAGUUUAAUACCGUUUUCUACAUCUUUGGAGGCUCACUGGAUUUAUAGCAAGUAAUUACGAUAAGCUGCUUCGGGUUUAACCUGAACAAUCCAUCCAUCACUCUGCAGGCAUGAUGCCAGUUCUGGAAGAGAAGGUACUGCCCAAGGAUGGGUCACUGACUGUCCCUGUCCUUAUUGUAGGGAAUGGUCCCUCCGGGAUUUGCCUAUCUUACCUAUUGUCUGGGUACAGGCCCUACCUGUCUCCCGCAGCAAGCCACCCAAACCCAAUACUACAGCAUAAAUUGGAAGAGAAUCAUCGCCUGUCGAUUGUUGACCAGGAUCUGGAGUAUCUCUCUGAAGGGUUAGAAGGACGUUCAUCCAAUCCAUUGGCUGUGCUCUUUGACACACUGCUGCUGCCUGAUGGCGAUUAUGGGCUGGAUCACACUUCUCCACUGUGCUGGAAGCUGGAGUCUUGGCAAGGUAUAUCCCACCUGGUCUUGGGUACUGGGCCACCUGGAGGGUCCUGGAAUGCUAUGGAGGGCUCAAUGCUCACACUGAGCUUUGGGAGCUGGAUGGAGUUACCAGGUCUGAAACUGAAGGACUGGGCUGGAGAGAAGCGAAGGAAUCUAAGGAAUGAUCGCGUGACCCCAGCUGAGGUUGCUGCCUAUUAUCAACACUUUGUCAGUGAGAUGGGUCUUGAGAAGAACUUUGUGCCCAAUAGCUGCCUGACAUCCCUGUGUCGAAUCAGUGACAUUGCUGAGGGUGAGGAAGCCAGCAAGCGAAGAGUGACCCAGGACAGAGGACAGGAGGAAAACAGCGGGGCAGCAACACAGUCAUUGUGGGAGGUCAGAGGUUUCCAAACGGGGAGCAAUGGGGUGCAGACACCCUUCCUGAUCUUGGCGGAGAAUGUCGUCUUAGCGACUGGGACACAGGACGAGCCUGUGAGGCUGGGUGUCGAGGGUGAAGACCUGCCAUACGUCUGUCACAGCAUUUCUGAGUUUGAAACGGCCAUAGUGCAUAGCUGGGUGAGUGAGUGCUCAGAGCCUGUGCUGAUUGUUGGAGCAGGAUUGACUGCAGCCGAUGCCAUUCUGUGUGCCCAUCACUACGAAAUUCCCGUUCUUCACAUCUUUCGACGGGCAGUCACUGACCCCAACCUAAUCUUUAACCAGCUGCCCAAAGUGCUCUACCCAGAAUAUCACAAAGUGCACCAGAUGAUGAGUCAGCAGAAUGCUGGCAGAGACUCUGCUUCUUAUCGAGGCUAUACCAGCUUUCCCCAGCACCAGGUCAGCAGCUUCAAGCCGGACAAGAAAUGCAUCCUGGAAAGCUGGGACAAGUGUCAGACAGUGGUGAAUAUCUCCAUGGCAUUGGUGCUGAUUGGGGCUAAUCCCAGACUCACCUUCCUUAGGGACAAUGGUAGUUACCUGGGACUGAACACUAAGAUGCCGAUCUCCUGCCGCUGUAACCCUUUGCAGAUUCAUCCUUACACCUAUGAGCUGCUCCAGGAGCCCAACCUUUUUGCAAUGGGUCCCCUGGUGGGUGAUAACUUUGUGCGGUUUGUGAAGGGUGGGGCUCUAGGUAUCACCAGCUGUCUGGUGAAACGCCGCAAGGAACAAAAGGACCAUGUCCUGGCCAAGUGAAGCAGGAAGCUGGCAGUUUCUACUGAUCGUAAACCAGACAGAGGAGUAAUCUCUUGUUGUGUAUCACUCCUGAGCAGACUGAUUGCUGCUGAGUGCAUUUAGGGGCAAGCGUUGCUGCUUUCUGUCAUGGGUCUGACUCAAAAACCACUCAACUCUCACACGUUCCGGAAAUGUGCAUUUGGGAACGUUAAACUUUCUUCCUGUUCUUUUGGAAUUUCUGCAUGGAUUGAUAGAGGAGGAUGGGAUUGACAAGAGGUAAUGAAGGAGAGAGCAGGGGCUGUAGAGUCAAGGGUACCCUGUCAGGAAACAGUUGUGGUUUGCUCCAUUACAGACUCCUAUCCAUUCAGUAAAACUGGCAAAAACACUGGUCAAACAGUAAGCAGAAUCUAUAUUCUCACCCAUUGACACUCAAUCCUGCUCCAGAACUUUCUGAACCAGACUUAUGACCGAGUACUUGUUUGUCACUCAUUGUCAGGUCACUGAACAAAGGUAAAAGGUGAAACAAGUUUUUGAUUUGGGUCUUGGAGGAGUUUGGGUUGUUAAAGUUGUAGUAAUUUCUGUAAAGUGAGAAAUGACUGACAUGCUUCAGGCUGUGCUCACUCAGGUGAGUGUUUUGUUGUGUGGUAUCUCCCUCCCUCGGUGAUAUUUGGACUGUUACCAGGACUUAACUGGAAUUGAGAGGGAGUUUGCACACAGACAGAGAUCUGCAGUAUCAGCUAUGAUGCCAUCAGCUAGCACCGUCAGAUUUAUUGAGCCCAGUCUAGUUGGAAUGGAACACAUCACCACUCUCACCUUUAGUUAAGACUUUUCCUUCAAAUUAGGUGAAAAAUGUUUUGCAAUUUUUUUUGUUUCUAAUCAGUCUGUUCAGAAAUAUUAUUACACAGUUCUGCAGCAGUGGGACUUGCUGUGAACUGGAGCUGAUAAAGGCUCUGGGACCAACACAAUGUCUGGGACUUCACCAAAUUUGGAACCAACAAUUUAUCUCCUUAAGCAAUAAUUGUGAAAGAAAUUCAGAAUGACAGAGAAGGAAAUAGUUAACUCAAGUGAAAUGAGAUGCAGAAAAAGAAAUGGAAUGAAGGAGAGAUCAAACUGAAAAAGAAAAGAUACAGAAGGGGAGAGAUUUGCAGGAAUGAGUUAUCAGUUUAAUUGUUCCCUAUCUGGGACAGGGAGAGGUUUGUACUAACAGUGAUCACGCUGCUUGAAAGAUGCUUAAUGCUGUCUUCAGUCCUAACACAUUAAUGAAUUUAAUAUGCAAAUUCUGCAAGUUUUCUAAAACACCAGGGAGCAGGAGUGUGAGAAUCUGUUGAUAUAAAUCGAGCAGUGGUUUCUAGAAAUUUACCCUCUCCAUCAGUUUCACAGUUGACUUUCAAUUAAUCCCAACAGGUGUUGUUAAAUUUAUUUUUCCAGCAAAAUCCGCCAGCUGUGCUUCCUUAAUCCACACAAUCAGCAGAAUUAGGGAACAGCAUUCCCAAUUUGGAUAUUGGAAAUCCAGGAAAAAUCCUUAAUCACGGGACAGAUUGUGGUGGUUGUGGGUGUGUCAGAUGUUGGUGUGUCUAUUGGGAGGGUUCAGG